AGGGGUCUUAAGGGGCGGUGAGCGCAGGUCGGAUUUCCUCGGAGGCUGCCGAGCGGCGGAGCUCCCACCUUCCCUCAGAGCUCGCUGCGGCCGCCCUGCCCCGCGCCCUCAGGAGACCGGGACCGGACCAUGAUGUGGACACGCUGGCUCGCGCUCGCGCUGGUGGCGGUCGCCUGGGUCCACGCCGAGGAAGAACUAAGGAGCAAAUCCAAGAUCUGUGCCAAUGUGUUUUGUGGAGCUGGCCGGGAAUGUGCAGUCACAGAGAAGGGAGAGCCCACCUGCCUCUGCAUUGAGCAAUGCAAACCUCACAAGAGGCCUGUGUGCGGCAGCAACGGCAAGACCUACCUCAACCACUGUGAGCUGCAUCGAGACGCCUGCCUCACUGGGUCCAAAAUCCAGGUGGAUUACGAUGGACACUGCAAAGAGAAGAAAUCCGUAAGUCCAUCUGCCAGCCCAGUCGUUUGCUAUCAGUCCAACCGUGAUGAGCUCCGGCGUCGCAUCAUCCAGUGGCUGGAAGCAGAGAUUAUUCCAGAUGGCUGGUUCUCUAAAGGCAGCAACUACAGUGAAAUCCUAGACAAGUACUUUAAGAACGUCGAUAAUGGUGACUCUCGCUUGGACUCUAGCGAAUUACUGAAAUUUGUGGAGCAGAAUGAAACUGCCAUCAACAUCACCACAUAUGCAGACCAGGAGAACAACAAACUGCUUAGAGGACUCUGUGUUGAUGCUCUCAUCGAACUGUCUGAUGAAAAUGCUGACUGGAAACUCAGCUUCCAAGAGUUCCUCAAGUGCCUCAACCCGACCUUCAAUCCUCCAGAGAAGAAGUGUGCCUUGGAGGAUGAAACCUAUGCAGACGGAGCAGAGACCGAAGUGGACUGUAACCGUUGUGUCUGUGCCUGUGGAAACUGGGUCUGCACAGCCAUGACCUGUGACGGAAAGAAUCAGAAGGGGGCCCAGAGCCAGACAGAAGAGGAGAUGACCAGAUAUGUCCAGGAGCUCCAAAAGCACCAGGAAACAGCUGAAAAGACCAAGAAAAUGAGCACCAAAGAGAUCUAAAGAGGUGGCACCUGGGAAGGGUGUCCAGAGCCUGGCACCUUCUCUUCCACUUCCUCGCUGAGUCCAGUAUAUGCAAGUGUCUGCUACAAUCGCCCAAUCACCAGUAUUUGCUUGUAUAGCGAUGAGUUUUUAUUUUGUCUACUUGUUUUGCAAUAAAGGAAAUGGGGGUGGAUGGCUAGGAGGGGCAGGGCCAUAGCCUUCAUUUCUAGGAGUGCUUUGAGAGAAACUGUAAAUGGUGCUUAGGGGCUGGAGACAAGUAAGGAAACUGCAUCAGGGUUGGGAGAGGAGCGGACCCAGAUCUGAACCCCAGUCUGCCACAGCAGUAAACACGCUACGGGGAGUGCAGGCAAUGCUGGCCAGAACUUCAGGCUGCCCCAGAGCAGAGGCAGGGGUGGGGGUGGUUGGAGGCUCAGUGGAGAGGAAGGCAUUCUGCAUCCAGCCCCUCUCUGUCGCCAUCAGCCUAACAGACCUCCAGCAUCUGUGCUUCUCACGGCCCCAACCACUGCCUUUAGAUAACGCAGCCAUCCUUCCAGGUACCCUGUGUCCUUUAGACUUGGGAAUUGGGGGCGGGGGAGUACAUGCAAAUGAUGCAGAUAUUUGUCCACUUUGAACCCCUUAGAGACCAAACCAAAUUUUUAAAAUACUAUUUACCAAAGGUGCUAUUUUUCUGUAAUACUUUUGUUGGCAAGUUGACUUCAUUCUUCAGUUAUUAUCAUUAUAUUAUUGUUGCUGUUUAGUAUUUUAUUUUCUUGACUAGAAAUGGAGCUUCUGUAAUUAUUUUUCAGUAGUCUUACCAUUUCAGGGGUGGGAGAGUUUGGGGUUCUUUCUGGUGCAGGGACCGCUAUAACCCAGACCCCACCAACCCUGCUACAUAUUUAGACGCAGCCCAGAGAUCUGUCCCCCUGGCUUCCAGUGGAUCGGCAGUCUGCCAGUGGGUGCCUCAGACAAGAAGCCAGGGGAAUACGAAGCAUCUCCAUACAAAGUUUUUAAGGUCCAAAAAGCUAGUUUGUUUCCAUUUUUUUCUAAUACAUUCAUGCAAAUCAGCAUUCCAAAGGAUGGAGACAAGUGCAGCCAAGCAAGGCUUAGCCUAUCAAUAUACUCUUUGAUCUACCACUAGCUAGGAGGGGGGACUUUGGCCCAGUCUCUUCCUAUUUUGGAGCCUCAGUUUCCUCAGUGAACAAGUAGGAUUAACCUUUCAAUCUGAUAAAUUAUAAAUUCUGUGGUUCUGAUAAUUGGCCCAGAAGGAUACAGGUUCCUAUGAUUUCCCUUCUCCUUAGGAUAAAUGAAACUUUACUGUUAAAACAAAAGGGUCUGACAGCUAAAAACAAGAUGACCAAAUCUGACCUCUGUCUCAGAGGCUGUGCUGUGAUGUAGAGCUCUCUCGGAUAAAGUCUAUCCGGGAAGAGAAUGAGAAUGGGAAAAAGAACCCCUCCACUUACUUUGCCCUCACUUUUGUGCUCCAUUCUUAACCUUCUUGGAAACAGAAAUAUCUUUCCCUUUCAAGAUGAGGACAAAAGAAUUUCACAUUUUAAGGAGGCAGGAGGGAAUGGAAAUGGAGUCUUCAAACCAUGAUUGGGAGGAGGUCCAUCAUUCUUAUCUUUUGGACUCUGAUUAUUAACCUCACUAUUUACCAUAUAUAAGAUGCACUUGGAACAACAAAGAUUAAACACUUGACUUGAGAGCUCAUUUUCAGAAAGUAGAUUACAGACUAUGAGAGGGAAAUUAGGUAGAUCGCACUGCCCAGGUGACUCUGAGAAGGUUGCGCUUGAAUGUGGAAUUCCUUCUAAAGUUUCUUUGUUCUCCUUUAAAAGGACAGCAUUCCAUUUUGUUUAGAAUUCUGAGCUUUUAUACACAUCCCAUUUAAAAGGUCUUUUUGAGCCCCACUUGUGCACUCUGAAAUGCACCCUUCCUGUCCAGUCACCUCGGAGAACUCCCAACAGCACAACUUGACUGAGUUUUGCCAGCCCCUGGACACUGAGGGCGAGGGCAGGAGUACCAAUUUGUUUAAAGCAAGAAGCCAGAGUGUCUCCUCCCCAAUUACAUUCAGGACAGUGGUUGCAAUCUAAGACUACCCUACCCUGCAACAUGGAAUCGCCAAGAAUAACUCUGCAUUCCACCUGUAAAUAGGGCCGCUAUUGUCUGCGCCAUAGAAUCACAGUAUCUGAUGACCCUUCAUGGAAAGCUGCUAAGUAGCCUAGUUUGGGGAGCGUUGCAUAGAGCUUUGCAUGGAGCAAAUAGGAUUAAACCAGGUUCAGUUCCUCCAGCUCUCUACAAGCACGGGGCUUAGACUGCAAUCUUCCCAGGGCUUUUUCGGUGUGUAUGUGAUUUUAUUAACAUAUUACAGCAUCUGUUAAGAUUCAGUGUUCAUGGAAACCUUUUCACGUGCCAUGACUCUGGAUUCCAUCACUGUUUUUUAGAAAGCAGGUCUCCUCCACCUGCUAAUAAGCCCAUGUAGACAAAUCUGAAUGUCUUUCCUUUACACAUAAAUUUUUAAAUAAUCAAAUCUCCAGAAGCAAAUCUGAACAGGUUUCCGUUGCUUAUGUGUUUGUGAAAUGUAUUUGUAUUAGUAGGCUUCCAUAUUGCAUUUAAUUUGUUUUUGUAACUCUUGAUUCUUUGUUGUUGUUGUUCCUUUUUUUUUUUUUUUUUUUUUUUUGGAUACUAUUGGUAAAUAAAGAAAUUAAAAUAGUCA